AUGGCACACACCGCGCUUCUGCCGCCCGCCGCUCUCGUGCCCACUAUCGCACCAUGCCUGCACGUCGCCUCGCUGCGCGGCAGGCCAGCGGCAUCCCUCCCUGCACUCGCUCACCCUGCCGGGGCCUUCACGGGGCUGCACGCCCCGGCGGCAGUAGCAGCAGCGCGCCGAGCGGUGAGGGCGGCAGCAGCAUCGCAGGAAGAGAACGGGUCGCUGCGGACGCAGCCAGGCCAGGAGCAGGGAGGGGAGGAGGGGGGCGAGGCGGAGGAGGCGGACCCCGUGUUGGAGGAGGCGAGGCGGCGCAGGGCGGAGUGGCAGGCGCCGGCGCCGACGCGCGUGGAGGCGAUCCUGGACGUGCUGUUUGUGUUCGGCGGGCUGCUGGACCGCCCGUUCGGGUCGGGGCAGAGCAUCGCGGCUGCGGGGCGCGUGGUGCUGGCGCGCGUAGAAAAAGAGGUGCAGGCGCUCAGGCAGGAAGGCGAGGGGGGCGGGGGCGCCGCCGCCGCCGCUGCUGCUGCUGCUGUGCGCACUGGCGCGGCGGCUGUUCCGCGGAGUGGGAUGGAGGGUGUGGCGGUGGAGGGAGCAGCAGCAGGGGGGGGUGGUGAAGGCGGGAAGGGGGCGGCGGUGAACCGGCAGCAGGUGUUGUUUGAGUUGACGCGGGUGGUGCAGCUGCUGGGCGUGGACAUGCAGAUG